CCUCGAAUUCACAUGACUGACAUCAAAACAAAUUCAGUUACCGACGUUUUAACCCAAACAUCUCUUUUUUUUUUUGACUCUAUUGUUGUUUACAUUUUUCCUUACAUUCAAUGACCACAACACAUACACCUUCUUUCACAGGGUCACCACAUACUGACCAAGCAUUGGCAGGUUUCGGUGCUGGUAUGGUUUCCACUGCUUUACUUCACCCGUUAGAUCUAAUCAAGAUCCGGUUCCAAGGUAACCAAAAAAAAAAACAAGGACGAACUCCCAAAAAUGCCAUACACGAAGACAUACUAACACACAAGUUCAGUGGAUUCGGCUCGUUAUUCUGAAAAAAGACCUGUUAUCGGGGGAACAAUUCGAUCGUUUAAAGCGAUCGUUACUGACGAGGGUGUAUGGCGAGGACUGUACAGAGGUGUAACACCCAAUAUGGCAGGCGCUACUAUCAGUUGGGGUUUUUAUUUCGGUUGGUAUAGUCUGAUUAAGAAGUACAUGACAAAGGAUGAGCAAGGAAAAUUAUCUGCUGUGCAACAUUUAACCGCAUCCGCUGAAGCAGGUGCUUUAACAGCCUUGAUGGCAAAUCCUCUCUGGGUAAUUAAAACCCGUAUGUGUACAACAAAAUACAACACACCAGAUGCAUACAAUGGAUUAUUCGAUGGGUUAAAAAGAUUAUACAUGGAGGAAGGUGUUAAAGGUCUGUAUAGAGGUAUUGUACCUGCUUUAUUCGGUGUUUCCCAUGGUGCCAUUCAAUUUAUGGCGUACGAGGAAAUGAAGAAGAAAAGAAAUGAAUUGAGGCAGGCAAAGGGAAUAAGUGCUUCGGAUGAGCAUAACACACAAUUAAGCCAAACCGAAUAUAUCGUAAUGGCUGCAGCAUCUAAGGUCACUGCAUCUGUUAUUACCUAUCCUUACCAAGUCUUGAAAAGCCGAUUACAAAAUCAUGCUACGAGUGAAACAUACACAGGUGUCAUUGAUUGCGGUAAAAAGAUAUACAAGGCGGAGGGUUACAUUGGCUUCUAUAAGGGUUUAUCGCCCAAUAUUAUCCGUGUACUGCCUGGUACCUGUAUCACAUUUUUAGUAUACGAAAAUCUUACACAAUACUUUAAAAACCAUGCGUCUUAAAAAAAAACCUUGUAAAUUAGUAUAUAAAAACAAAAAAAAAAUUAUAG